AUGGUGCAGCUUCUAGCUUUAUCAGACAAUGCCUUGUGGAACUGGGAGGCUGCAACGAAGAUAAUUUACUUUAACAAUACUCCACUUAUCCCUGUUGAGCGAAUCCGAUACCUAGGAUUCCACCUGGACAAACGACUAACUUGGAAUCCUCAUACUAGACUGAAACGACACGAAACCGCUCGACGUUUCCGAUUACUUCAGCACUUACUAGACAAACAUCUGGCCCAAUCCAGAUACCUAUCCUUCCAUAAUAUACUUCAGAAUCAUCCCAACCCUCUCGUUUCUAACCUUGCUUCCUCUUCAAUUACUCAUAACCCUCCGAGGCGUCUGAAAAGAAGAUGGCCCCUAUCAACUGGUAACGUACCAAUGGAGGCGAAGUUUAAAGAAGAUGGCUCCAUUGACAUAGCAAAGGAAAAAGAGGUAAUUGAGGAAGCAGUAAAAGAUGAAAAGCUUAAGAAAAAAUUUCUGAAGGUAGUCGACGAAUGUGAUACAUCAGGUAUGGAUUCUGAUAAGAACAUUUCUUUUGACGAAUCAGAUGAAGAGACUCCUUUCUCCGAAAUCAGUGAGACUGAUUCUCAAUAUUUAACAAGGCGAACUCUCCAAAAGCGCCAUAGAAACUCUGCCCCCGGUUCGGCGGGCAACUCACCUAAUAAAAAAAAAAACAAAUCCGCUAAAACAAAGCAAGCUCUCAAAGUAAAUAAACAAUCAAAAACUAGUAAUAAUUCAGCUAUGAAACCUGACACUAAACCAUCAACUAACACAUCCAGUAACAAUUCUGUUACAGCCAAUAAUAAAAUUAACGAAAUCACUGAACCUAGAACUUUCACUGAACCAGUGCCACCUCCGAUUUAUGUAAGCAAGAUUGACAAUUUCAUUCAGUUCGGUCAAGAAAUAGCUAAUCUGAUCGGACCGACCAACUUCCGGUGUUUUUCUCGAGUCAACGAUAUAAAGAUUAACACCAAUACUAAAGAUGAUUAUAAAAAACUUAUAAAUCAUUUGACAGCACUCAAUCACGACUUCCACUGCUAUCAACUAAAAGAAGACAAAACAUAUAGAGUGGUUUUGAGAGGUCUUCACUCUACCACACCCACUACCGCUAUAAAAAAAGAUCUGGAAGAUAUCGGCCAUUCGAAACCAAUAGUCGUUCAAUGCACCAAGUGCCAAAACUUAGGGCAUACAAAGGCUUACUGCCAUCACUCGGUGCGUUGCGUUAAAUGCGCCGGGCCUCACGCCUCUAACACCUGCCAGAAACCGUUAAAUGAACCACCAAAAUGUGCCCUUUGUGGUGAGGACCACCCUGCAACCUAUCGGGGCUGCAUUAUCUAUAAGAAGCUAUAUAAGCAAAGAACUUAUAAUUUAUCAUUAAAAGAAGAACAGAAGAAUUCUACCCAGGCACAGGUACAGGCACCUGAACUCCUAAAUUUGGCAGCGUUUCCUCAACUGCCGAACAAAAUAAUACCACAAUUGACGCACAACCCUUCUACAUCAACAGAUCAUCCCCAUCAAGACUCUAGGCACCUAUAUUCAGACACUACGGUGAAGAAUCAACAGCCGCGACGUCAGACGCCUCAGAUUUCCAAAACUAAGACUCAGGCUUCCAAACCUAAGAUCCAGACCUCCCAAUCCAAGACUCAAAUCUCCCACAUUCAUUCAAAAUCUCCACGUCAGCAAAUGCCUCCUCACCAGAUACCUAUACGUGUAAAAUUACCGCCCGAACAUCCAACUCCUGUUUAUUCCCACCCUACUGCUCAUAUUUACUCUCCUUCCCAAGUUCCAAGGAAUCCUUACCGAAAUUCCCUUCAAUCUCUCACGAUGAGCACUAAGCCCCUAGCUGUUCUUUUAUGGAAUGCUAACGGACUACAAAACCACCGAGACGAACUCGACAUUUUUCUUCAUGACUAUCACAUUGAUAUUGCUCUACUCACAGAAACUCACUUCACUCGACGUUCAUAUUUCUACAUACGUGACUAUAUCACUUAUAGAUCAGACCACCCCGACAACACUUCCCAUGCCGGUUCUUGCAUCCUUAUCCAUAAAUCCUUAUCCCAUUCUCUCAUUCCUUCUGCUCCAACGGAGGCUAUUCAAGCAACCUCGGUUAUCAUUUCAACUCGUCCUUUCCAUUUAACAUUCUCAGCUGUAUACUGUCCUCCCGGUCAUACUCUUACCUAUAACUUACUUGAAUCCUUAUUUCAAUCCUUCGGAUCGCGCUUUAUUGCUGGAGGAGACUACAAUGCUAAACACCAACGAUGGGGUUGUCGAUCAUCCAACUCCCGUGGUAACAUACUAUCUUCUGUCUCAACUUCCAAUAGUUACUCUGUCCUCUCUCCUAUGAAUCCUACCUAUUGGCCAACAUCCCUCAAAAAACGCCCUGAUAUCCUCGACAUAUUUGUCACCUCCCAAAUUUCCUCUUCCCAUGUCACAAUAAAAUCCCUGGAUGACCUCUCCUCAGAUCAUUCUCCAGUUCUGCUUUCAUUACACACAACCUUCGCUCCUAAGCCCUCGUCCUCUCCUACACUGAUUACAGGACGAGUAAAUUGGGACAAUUUUCGUAAAGACCUGGAAAAUAAAUUGGACCUAAAUAUUCCACUUAAGACGAAACGUGAUAUUGACACAGCCAUAAAAGAACUUACUACAUCUAUAAGUGACAAAAUAAAGAAUAAUACAUCUACCAAUAAAACUGACAACUCCCAACAGACAAAUUUGCCGCAGCAUAUUCGUAUCUUAUUAAGGGAAAAACGCAGAGCAAGAUCGAAGUGGCACAGGACUAGAUAUCCAUCAGAUAAGACAUAUUACAACAAAUUAACUAACCAACUAAAAGCUGAAAUUAGAAAAUACAAAGUUCAAAAUUUACAUAACAUGACAGAAAAACUUACUACUUGUGACAAAUCACUAUGGUUGACCACUAAAAAACUCCUUAAAUUCAAAGAUUUUAACCACCCACUUAUUACUGAAACCCAAACCUGGUCCAGAUCUGAUGAUGAAAAAUCUCAAAUAUUUGCUCAACACCUCUCAAAAACAUUUAAUCCACACCCAGACAUCCUUAAUCCAACCCACCUUGAGUUUAUUGAAGCAGAAUUGGAUACCCCACUCCAAUUGACUCCUCCACCUAAAGCAUUUCAUCCUUCAGAAAUAUCCAAUAUCAUUAAUAGAUUACCUUCUCGCAAAGCUCCUGGCCAUGACCUAAUCACCUCCCAGAUCCUAAAAUGUCUUCCUAAAAAAGCCAUAUUGUUCCUAACCUAUAUAUUUAAUGCUGUACUCCGCACCACAUAUUUUCCUGACUCUUGGAAACUAUCCAUUGUCAAAAUGAUACCUAAACCCACAAAGCCGCCAGAACACCCAUCCUCUUACCGUCCUAUCUCCCUUUUACCCAUUAUGGGCAAAAUCCUGGAAAAACUCAUUUUAAAACGCCUGUAUCCCAUCCUAGACUCUAAACACAUUAUCCCAGAUCACCAAUUUGGAUUCCGCACAUCCCACUCCACUAUUCAGCAAUGCCAUCGUGUGGUAGAUGUAGUCUCCUCUGCAUUGGAGCGCGGAAUGUACUGCACGGGAGUCUUUCUCGACGUUGAACAGGCGUUUGAUAGAGUCUGGCAUCCGGGACUGAUGUACAAACUCCGUGAAUUCCUACCACCUACAUACUUCCUCAUUAUACGUUCCUACCUUACUGACAGAUACUUCAAAGUCAAUCAUAACAAUGCUUAUUCAUCUCUUUUUACUCAGUCUGCCGGUGUUCCUCAAGGUAGUAUCCUAGGUCCUAUCCUUUACACAGUUUAUACAGCUGACAUCCCAACCCAAUCCAACACUGUCAUCACCACCUAUGCCGAUGACACGUGUAUCCUAUCAGUUAAUAACGAUCCUUUAAUUGCAUCCCAAACUCUUCAAUCACAUAUCACAAGCCUUGAAGAAUGGUGUAAAAAUUGGAGAAUAAAAAUAAAUUCCAACAAAUCCCAUCAAAUCACUUUUACCCUCCGUCGUAAACCUAUGACCUCUUGUCCUACAGUAUCCUUCAAUAAUACUCCACUUAUUCCUGUUGAGCAAAUCCGCUACUUAGGACUCCACCUUGACAAACGACUCACUUGGAACCCCCAUACCAGACUGAAACGACUAGAAACCGCCCGACGUUUUCGACUACUGCAGCACUUACUAGACAAACGAUCUAAGCUUUCAAUCAAUUAUAAACGACUCGUAUAUAUGACAAUAAUAAGACCUAUUUGGACUUACGGAAUUGAGCUUUGGGGCUCCACUAAACCAUCGAAUUCCUCUCGUAUCCAAUCCUUACAAUCCAAAAUCCUUCGUAAAAUCCUCAACGCUCCUUACUUUGUCACAAAUAAAAUCAUCCAUAAAGACCUUAAUGUUCCAUAUGUUUCCGAUCUGGCCCAAUCCAGAUACCUUUCCUUCCAUAACAAACUGCAGAAUCAUCCGAAUCCUCUCGUUUCAAACCUUGCUUCCUCCUCGAUCCCUGAUAACCCUCCGAGGCGUCUGAAAAGAAGAUGGCCUCGGGAAUAUAGAACUUUAAUUUGA